AUGUUCCGCGGUUCCGCGGCACCCCGCGGCUCCCGCGGCUUCCGCGGUCCCGCGGCCUUCUGCGAUAUCCGUGGCCUCCCGCGGUUCCACGGUCUUCCGCGGUCCCGCGGCCUCCCGCGGUACCCGUGGUCUCCCGCGGCCUCCCGCGGUUCCACGGUCUUCCGCGGUCCUGCGGACUCCCGCGGCCUCCUGCGGUCCCGCGGUCUCCCGCGGCCUCCCGCAGUUCCGCGGUCUACCGCGGCCUCCCGCGGUCCCGCGGCCUCCCUCGUCCCCGCGGUAGACCCACCCCCCUUUUUUGAGCCUCUGGAGAUCUCGUCUGACUCCUCUGGCCCCGCUGAGGGGGGUGACCCUGCCGCUGACAACAUGGCGGCCACUCGCCGCUCUCCACGCUUGGAGACCCCUCCUGGUUUUUCGCCUCGACUGUCUUCGCCGCCUCUACAGCCUGUCGCUGUGGACACUGAUUCUCCUGGGGGUGGUGCCACUGGGGGUGAGGAUUCUGGGGGUGCUGAGACUGGGGGUGAGGGUUCUGGGGGUGCUGAGACAGGGGGUGCUGCGAGUCCUUGUGGUGGUGGGGCUGUGGGUGCUCCUGCUGUAGGUGCUGGAAGUGAUGCUGGUGCUGGAGGUGCUGGAGCUGCUGGUGCUGGAGGUGCUGGAGCUCUUGGUGCUGGAGGUACUACUGGUGCUGGAGGUGCUGCUGGUGCCGGAGGUGCUGCUCGAGUUGCUGGUGCUGGAGGUGCUGCUGGUGCUGGAGGUGCUGGAGCUGCUGGUGCUAGAGGUGCUGUUGGUACUAGAGGUGCUGCUUGUGCUGGAGGAACUGGAGCUGCUGGCACUAGAGGUGCCAGAGUUGGAGCUGCUGGUGCUGGAGGUGCUAGAGCUGGAGGUCCCAGAGGUACUGGAGCUGCUGGUGCUGGAGCUGCUGCUGCUGCUGGUUCUAGAGGUGCUGCUAGAGCUGGAGGCGCUGGAGGUGCUGGUGCUACUGGAGCUGGAGGUACUGGAGGCGCUGGAGGUGCUGGUGCUGCUGGUACUGGAGGUAGUGCUUGUACUGGAGGUGCUGCUGGAGCUGGAGGCGCUGUAGGUGCUAGUGCUGCUGGAGCUGGUGGUACUGGAGGUGCUGGAGGUGCUGGAGCUGCUGACGUCCUGCCUCCCCUGUUCGCACUUUUCGCCGUGCUCGUCAUGUUCCUUGCCCUCUUCCUCCACCAUUCACCGGCACUCACACUAUGGCACUUCGUCCUUCCUCUGUUCCACAUCGUGUUGCCCUGCCGUCUCCUCUACCGUCCUCUCUUCCUGACAUUCCCGACCCUCCGUUUGACCUACUGCCCCACUGCUCGUGCUGCUAGUCCCACUGUCACUCGUCUCCUAGCUACCGUUGUCACUGAACCUUCCUUUGAGUCUACUAUUGCGACUGGCUUAGUUGCUGAGCUUGUUGAUUUUGCUGCUGUGUGUCGUCUCGACUACGUCGCGAGUCUUGUCACUGAGUCUGAGUCUAACUGCCCUCCGUCCGUCGGGGGUGAGUGUGCCCUUAGCACGGACGUCCUUGAGGACAGGCAGUUUGAGCUUGAGUGUCUUGCGGUCGUUUUACCUCGUCUCGCAUCCAUGCUGGUUUGCCCUGAGGGAGACCCGGAUGCACUUGACAUCCCUUCCCCACGCACUUACGCUGAGGCGAUUGCGGGUGAGUACUCCUCUCAGUGGCAGACAGCCAUGGACGCGGAGAUGGCUUCCUGGAAGUCCACAGGCACCUACGUUGACGAGGUUCCCCCUCCUGGGGCGAACAUAGUCGAUGGCAUGUGGAUCUUUAGAGUGAAACGGUCGUCGGGUUCUCCACCUGUCUUCAAGGCGCGUUACGUUGCUCGAGGCUUCACACAGCGUGACUACGAGCUGCACUCCCUCGACUUCUCCACAGCUUUCUUGCAGGGCAGCCUGCACGAGGAGAUAUGGCUGCGCCGCCCACCUGGCUUCACUGAGUUGUUUCCUGCGUGUACCCAGUGGCACCUCCGGCGGCCGGUCUACGGUCUCCGCCAGGCGCCUCGCGAGUGGCACGACACACUGAGGACGACGCUUGCGGCUCUUGGGUUUGCUCCUUCGACUGCUGACCCGUCGCUGUUUCUACGCACCGACACUUCUCUGCCGCCGUUUUACAUCCUCGUGUACGUCGACGACUUGGUUUUUGCUACUGCUGACACUGAGGCACUGACCCUCGUGAAGUCGGAGCUGCAGAAGAGACACACCUGCACUGAUCUGGGUGAGCUGUGCAGCUAUCUUGGCUUGCAGAUCACCCGGGACAGAGCACGGCACACCAUCACUCUGACUCAGUCACACAUGGUGCGCCAGGUCCUUCAGUUCUCCUCGCCACAGUCCACUCCUCUGGCUACAGAUCACUCGCUCUCAGCUCCAUCUUCGGACGAGUCCGUAGAGCCGAGUGGUCUUACAUCGGGCAUGGGGCUCGUGCUUGGAGUUGUACUCACAAGAAACUCCGACGCUUCUUGGGCUGACGACCAGGCGACUCAGCGGUCGUCACAGGGUUACACCUUUAGUCUUGGCUCUGGCUCUGUCUCGUGGAGGUCCACUCAUUCGUCUUCUGUGCAUAGUUCCAGCUGUGAGGCUGAGAUCUACGUUGGGGCUAUGGCGGCACAGGAGCUACACUGGCUCACCUACCUGCUGACCGACUUAGGAGAGCGACCUCUUUCUCCUCCAGUUUUGUACGUUGACAACAAGGCCAUGCUUGCCUUGUAUCACGAGCUGAUGCUGGAGCACAGAACGAAGCACAUUGCUCUUCGUUACUUUCUUGCUUGGGAGCUACAACAGCGUGGCCAGCUGCGCCUUGCUUACGUGGCCUCUGAGGCCAACACUGCUGAUGUCUUCACCAAGGCCCUUGAGUCUGGUGAUCAUCAGCGUUUCUGCAUUGCUCUAGGCCUUUACAUGAUGGUGGCGCGGCACCUCUCCAGCAUCGAGCAGAUUGUCGUGGCGCUCACAGAGAGCAUAACGGAGCAGGCGGGCAACGAGGCGCAUGACAUGCGCGUGCUGGUGGGCGCACUGCAGAACCACACCCUCUCCGUCGCCACCGCCCUCACCGACCACGUUGCCCUGCAGACCGGUCAGCUGCGCCAGCUGGCGUCGGAGAUACGCAAUCACAGCGCCACGGUGCAGACCCACGUGGCAACGGCCGUGGACGCCAUUGGAGGAGGGGCGGAGGGCGGGAAGGGGGGAGGGGAGGUGAGCAAGGAGAAGCUGGCUGGCCUCAUGGCCGCGUCCGCCCGCUCCCAGCGCAAGACAGAGGCGUUCCUCUCCAGCCUGCUCAGCUCCGUCAAGGCACUCUCCAAGCAGAUGGAGGAGCAGGGAGGGGCAGGAGGUGCAGCAAGCAACGCAGCGAGCUUGAUGGGGGUGAGAGAGGCGGCUGCAACUUCCAGGAAGCAGCAACUCAUCCUCAAGUCGCUGCAGGAGUCAAUGGAGGACCUCAAGUCAAGGCAGACAGCGGACUACUCCCCCCAGCUCGUGCGCAUUCUGGCAGUGCUCAAGGCGCUGGUGGCGCACAUCAAGGCGGCCACGGUCAACGGGGGGUUGGGGCUGGGGCUGGGCGAGCAGCUGCCUCAGCUGCCAUCGCUGGACCUGGAUCUGCAGCCGCAGUCGCAGGUAUCAGCGCAGCAGGCGCAGCAGAUGGAGCGGCUGCUGCAGCAGGUGCUGGCAGAGGUGCGCAACGGGACGCACCUCACGCUGCUGCUGCGCGCCGUCUCCACGCAGACCACCAUCCUCUCGCGCCUCGCCAAGCGCUUCUCCUCCCUCCAAUCCGCCGCCUUCCAAGCCACCACUGCUGCCGCCACACCCCCGCCUGCCGCCCCUGACUCUGCUGCCGACGGUGGCGGUGCGACGCUCAAGUCCCUGCAGGGGCUGGUGGCGAUGGUGCUGCAGAACUCACAGAAGCACAUGUCGGCAUUAAGGGAUGUGAAGCGCAUGCUGACGGGGGAGGAGGCGGACGGCAAGGGGGGGUUCUCGGUGCUGGCAAGGACGCUGGCCGUGGUGCAGGAGAGCGCGCGCGCGCUGCAGCAGAUGCCCGCGCUGCUCAUGCAGCUGGACCGCCGGCUGCAGGGCGUGGGUGGCGGGGGGGGUGGAGGUGCGGCUGGGGGAGGGGGAGCGGGCACAGGCACAGGCAUGCGGCAGCAGCAGCAGCAGGAGCAGCAGCAGCAGGUGGUACCGGCGAUGAUACCCCCGAAGCUGAGCAACAGGGCGGCACGGCACGAGCGGCUGAAGCAGCUGAUGGCUCAGGAGGCUGCCUUCCGCGCCGCGAAGCAGAAAGAGGCAGAGGCGGCCGCGGCAGCAGGCAAGGCAGCAGUGGCGGCAGGGGGGACGAAAGGAGAGGGUGCAGGCGGGCAGAAGGGCGAGGGGGGCCAAGAGAAGCGCGCGGUGGAAGGGGCAGGGCAGCAGCAGCAGCAGCAGCAGCAGCAGGGAGGAGUGGCAGCAGGUAUGGGCACGGUAGGAGGGGCAGGCGCAGGGGGGGUGGCACAGAGGGUGUGGCCGAGCAGGGGCGAGUGGGGAGGGAGCAAGGAGAAGUGGGAGACGAGGGCACGGAGCGAUGGUGCUGUGAGUGCUGGUGGUGCUGGUAGCAGUAAUAAUGCUGGUGGUUCCCGUGCAGGUUCUGCUGCUGCCACUGAUGGUUUGGAAAGAGGGCAGGGCGGGGGAGAGGGGCGAGCGGGAGGUGGGGAUGCUGGAGGGGCGGAGCGAGAGGGCGUAGAGGUGAGGAGGGGCGGUGGGGGAGAGAGGGAAGAUGGGGAAGGUGGCGGGGAUGGCGAGAGGGGGAGAGCUCAGGGGGCGGCUGGGGAAGGAGAUGGAGGAGGGGAAGGCGGAGGGGCAGGAGCAGGUGGAGGAGCGGGGAAUGCAGUGCCUGGAGAUGAGGAAGGAGAGGGUGGAGGGGAAGCAGAGGGGGGAGGGGAAGGAGGGGGCGCGGGGGAGAAGGGGGAGCAGGGGAAAGAGGGGGGGCAGGGGGUGAAGGGGGAGCAGGGGGGGGGAGGGGGAGCGGGGGGGGUGGUACCGAUAGAGUGGGCGAAGCCGGAGGACAUGGACAGCGAGCGGGCGAACCUGGUGUCGAUGCUCAAGGCCCGGAGGGACGAGGCGGGCGAGCGCGGCAGCGAGGACAGCGGCGUGAAGAGUGGUGGCGGCAGCAGUGAGGCGGUGAAGCACCGGCGGAAGAGGAAGAAGCACAAGGGUGGAGAGGGGCGAGGUGCGAGAGAGGAGGAGGAGGAUGAGGAGGAGGAGGAAGAGGAGGAGGAGGGGGAAGGGGAGGAGUCAGAGGAGGAGGGGGAAGAGGGGGAGGAGGAGGGAGGGGGGGACGAGGAGAAGGGUGGAGGGAAGGGAAAAGGUGAGGGUGGGGUGAACAGUGGGGCUGGACGCAAGGGGAGGGUUGCUGGGGGGGAACGUGGGGAGGCGGGGAGUGGAGAGCUGAAGGAGAGGGGGGGGAGGAGAGGAGGGGAUGGAGAGAGCAAGAGGAGGCUGGGAGAGGAAGAUGGUGUGAGGGGGGCACAGGGGGGAGGAGCACAGGGGGGAGGGGCACAGGGGGAGGGCACAGGGGGGAGGGGCACAGGGGGGAGGGGCACGAGGAGGAGGGGGAGGGGGAGAAGGGGUAGGGGAGGGAGGGGGGAGGGCGCAGUGGCAAGGCAGGGCAGAAGGAAGCGCAUCCCAAUGGAGCAGGCGGAGGAGCAGCAGAGCGUUGGGGCGGGGGCGCGCACAGGGCUGCGGCUGAAGAGCAUGGGGAUCGAGGAGCUGCUGAGCCUAGAGGACGAGGAGGACGAUGAGGAGCAGGGCGCAGGGGGAGGGGGAGGGCAAGGUGGGGGAGCGGGAGGGGGGAAGGAAGGGGGUGUGAUUAGGGAAGGAGGUGUAGAGCUGGCUGGGGCUGGGGAGGGGGAGAGGAGCAGUGGUUGGGGGGGAGGGCGAGGAGGGCAGCAGGGGCAGGGGAUACGGAUGGGAGUGGGGGGGCGCGGAGGGGGAGUGGGGGCAGCAGGUCGGGUGGGCAAGGCGGUGUUGGAUGAUGUGGAGGGCGAGGAGGCGUGGAGUGAGCCAUUGCCCACACAGGGGUACAUUCCCCAAGGGCCCUUCGCCAACGCGUCAGAGUGGAGGCAGCGUGUGCUGACAGGCAACUCGGUCUUCACCCGCUUCAGUGGUUACCGAAUUGGCCCGCGCAGGCUAGUGGGCGUGGGAGUGGUCCCGCGGGCCAUGAAAGGCCGCCUCUCCGCCACGCACUGCAGGUGGUUUGGGCCGGCGCUGCUGGCGCUGGACUGUGCGGUGAACGUGUCGUACUCGCUGGGGCAGCAGGGGUCCGCCUCGCAGCACACGGAGGCCGUUAUUGAGGCCGCCUUUAGCGAGGACGUGCCCAACACAGGGGGCUUCCUGGCUGUGCGCAUUGAAGGGACUGACUUUGUGCUCUACAGGGAAGCCCCUCUAACCUUCCCCACCACGGCCCCAGAUCUCCCCUUCCCCUUCCACUCGGUGUUGUGUCUGCUGCCCUCUGCGCGCAACGCAUCGGUGCCGGUGCAUCUGCUGCGCGAGACAGUGGAGUACCACCGCCUGCUGGGCGCCGCCGUGGUGGCGCUGUACGACAGUGGGGGGUGGCUGGCUGUGGAGCUCAGGGAGCGAUUCCAUGAGGACUUUGAGCGGCGGGUGGUGCGCCGGACAGACUUCACAGGCGUGAAGCAGUUUGACCUCGAGAGGAACGGACAGGUGCUAGCGAUGCACGACUGUGUGCACCGCCACGCCUUCACAGCCCGCUGGGUCAUCCCGGCGGCCAUCAACGAGUUCCUCUUCGUCGGCCUGCCGCCCGCCUCCAUCCCCUCCUUCCUUGACCCCUUCGCCUACCCCACCGCCUCCUCCUCCGAAACCGCCCUCUCAGACCCUCUCCUCGACUCCGCCGCCACCGCCGCUGCUGCUGCGGUAACCGCAUCUGGAGGCUCGGCAGCCGCGGCCGCCGAAGCUGCGGCGUACGUGCGGGCAGUGCCAUGGGUGAGCGUGGGCAGCCAGUGGUGGGCGACGCGGCUAUGCUCGCUGCCGUUCCGCGUGCCCGAGGGCGAGGCGUUCUCGAUGGAGCGCAUGGUGUUCCGCUGGCCGUACCCCGUCUGUCACGACCGCAUUCGCUUCCCCGACCCUCACCUCUGCCCCGGGGAGGCUGGCUUCCGCCGCCUCAUCAUGGAUCCACGCAAGAUUUCAGCGCUGGGUCUGCACGAGGCGGAGUCAGCAUGGCAGGUGGGGGGGGUGCACGUGAGGAGCACGCGGGCCAACUUCAACCACCUGCAGGACGCCGUCAUGGACCCCACCGCCUGGUGCCAGCAAACGCUGCUCAGAAACGAGGUUCCGGAGUUCUACGUGCGCGACGUCUACCUGCGCGAGGCAGCCCAGUCUGUGCGGGCGGGGCGUGUCUGCGACUUCACCAGAGGCCGAUGUGUCCCUGGCCCAGACUAG